UACAAAACACAUCGAUAAGAGUCAGAGCGAGAGAGUCGAUGCCAGAACCCCCUGUAGGAUUUAAAGCUGUCUGAUAGUUUGAGGGGAAAAGAAGUCGGCCAAUAUUGCUGGCACAGUCUUAAAACAGUGAACUAAAUUACGCUUCGUAGAUUAGUGGGCGGUUUGAACUUGAUUCCUGUCCAACUUCUUUGACUGAAAACGACAAGGCUCAAAUAGGAAACGGGUUAAGUGUGAAUCAGAAGUCGCUGUAGUCAUUUGAGUGUUUGUGAGUCCCAUUUGCCGGGGUUUGGCCUAGAUAUCUCGUUACUAUAGAAAUGGCUACAGCUGCACAACCGGAGAAAAUCCUGGCACCAGCAAGUGACUUUCGGCAAAGGUGUCACUCCAUAAGAAUCGGUGAGCGCGUCAACUAUGUCAAUACGCCUCAUGUGAUUGCCCUCGUCGGUUUACCUGCUCGCGGAAAAACUUACAUGGGUAAGAAGUUGAGUCGCUACCUGAACUGGAUUGGCAUCAACACCAAAGUUUUCAAUUUGGGAGAGUACCGCCGUCAAGCCACUGAAGCCUACAAGAGUCAUGACUUUUUCCGUCCGGACAACACGGAAGCGAUGGCGUUGCGUGAACGGGUCGCUAUGGAUGCGUUAGAGGAUGCAUGCGAAUGGAUCGAAAUUUCUGGUGGCGAAGUGGCAGUUUUUGACGCGACCAACACGACACGUGACCGACGCCGUAUGAUCCAUUCCAUCGUAGUGGAGAAAAUGGGCUACAAGUUGCUCUUUGUCGAAUCGAUUUGUAAUGACCCCAAAAUUGUACAGGCCACCAUAAAAGAGGUUAAAGUCAACAGUCCCGACUACAAGGAUGUCGAAAAUGAAACAGUGCUCAACGAUUUCCUGUUGCGCAUUCAACAUUACGAAGCCCUGUACGAGCCGUUGGAUGAAAUACUCGAAUCUCAUUUCAGUUUCAUGAAAAUUUUUAACACUGGGGCCAAAGUGUUGGUGCAUCGUCACGAGGGUCACAUUCAGAGUCGAGUUAUUUACUAUCUCAUGAACAUACACAUUCUUCCGCGCACAAUUUAUCUGACUCGCCAUGGCGAGAGCUGUCACAACCUUCAAGGGAAGAUCGGCGGAGACUCUGACUUGUCUGAAAAGGGCUGGAACUACGCCAAAACCCUUGGCGAUUUCGUCAAAAAACAACGCAUCCGUGAUCUCAAAGUAUGGACGUCAUGGAUGAAGCGAACCAUUCAAACGGCCAGCUAUAUCGAAGCGCCUCAAGAGCGCUGGAAGGCUCUCAACGAAAUCGAUGCUGGCAUUUGUGAGGAAAUGACGUACGAAGAAAUCGAGAGCAAGCAUCCAGACGAGUUCCGUAACCGAGAUCUGGACAAAUUUCAUUAUCGUUAUCCACGAGGCGAAUCUUAUGAGGAUCUCGUCGCUCGCCUAGAGCCCGUCAUCAUGGAACUUGAGAGGCAAAAGAAUGUACUUGUCAUCGGACACCAGGCUGUGCUGCGCUGCCUCUUGGCCUAUUUCUUGGAUCGUACUGCAGAUCAACUGCCGUACAUUGAAGUGCCUCUUCACACCAUAAUCAAGUUGACGCCGGUGGCUUACGGUUGUAAAAUGGAAGAAAUCCGCAUGCCGAUUGAGGCCGUCAACACCCAUCGGGCUAAACCGGCAACCUGUCCUAAUACGUCCACUCAAGAGGACCAAUAGCACAAAAAAUUUAAACAAAAUGUAUAACGCUAGUUGCAUCUACACCAAUUUUCGGGUUUCAUGAGUGCUCCAUUAGUAUAGACGAGAAAUUUUUUAAAAAAAGAAAAGGGAGCCUUGAAGUGCCAUUCCACAAUAACCGAAAAACACACACACACACGCACACACACACACAAUAAGUCUAUUUCCGAACCCCGACUAUGUCCUAAAAACAAUCCUCACCCUGCUCUCUUCCUUUCAUUCCUCGUGUCUUCAAACAUUGCCACUUACUAGCACAAUAAAAAAAAACAAGUCGAACACCCAAA